UUGAGUGUGUGUUGCUGUGGCGUGCUCGCGCUGUGACACUGUGCACGCCUCUCCGCGGGAGAGCUUCCUUACUGGCCAGGCUGGAGCUACACCAGGAGGUAAAUGGUCACCCAGCAGUUGCCGCAGGUUGUAUAUCAUUUACAAGUCUCGUCAGGACUUCGUGCUUGAACAGCUGUACUUUCAUUUUCAGAGCGAUAGCCGAGUGUUCUGGAGGUCUGAGCAUGAAACGUGGAAAGAUUGGAAUCGCAGUAGCGGGGGCGUUGCUGCUGAUUCUCGUACUGUCACUAGGCCUGUACUUCGGGCUGAGGCCAAAGCAGCCACAGGUCCACUCCUAUCCGAAAGCAGCUGUCGCCACAGAUGCAGCAAAAUGCUCGGAGAUUGGCAGGGACAUUCUCCAGCAGGGGGGGUCAGCAGUCGAUGCGGCCAUUGCCAGCAUGCUAUGUGACGGGCUGCACAACGCACACAGCAUGGGGAUUGGAGGAGGCUUCUAUAUGACCAUUUAUGACGCAGAGACAGGAACAGUCGAUGUAAUUGAUUCUAGAGAAGUGGCUCCAGGAAGUGCAACACGAGAUAUGUUUGUCAAUGGCACAGAUGACCUGUCUCAAAAAGGAGGAUUGUCCAUAGCCAUCCCUGGAGAAAUCAGAGGAUACCAACUUGCUCACCAACGGCAUGGAAAGUUAGACUGGAAACAGUUAUUUGAGCCAAGUAUCAAACUUGCCAAAGAAGGAUUUCCCGUUGGCCGAGCUCUUGCAGCAGCUAUACAGGAAUCUAAGGAGACCAUUGAGAACAAUGCGUCCUUAUGUGAGGUGUUCUGUAAGAAUGGUGCCAUUCUCCAGGAAGGCGAAAUCAUCACAUUCCCAAAACUGGCUGCAACCUAUCAGGUGCUGGCAGAUGAAGGUGCUGAUGCAUUUUACAAUGGAUCCCUGUCCAAGCAGAUUGUGGCUGACAUCAGGAAUGCAGGUGGCAUUAUCACUCUGGACGACCUGAAGUCCUACACUCCUCGGUCAAUGAAAAACCCGGUGAAGCUGAAACUCGGAGACUACACGCUGCUCACACCCAACGUGCCCGCUAGUGGCCCAGUGCUGGCACUGAUUCUGAACAUUCUGAAGGGUUAUAACUUCAGCUCGGACAGCGUUUCCACGUCGGCACAGAAAGCUUUGACCUAUCACCGAAUUAUUGAAGCCUUUAAGUUUGCAUACGCAAAGAGGAGUAUGCUAGGAGAUCCCCGAUUCAUCAACAUCACUGGGCUCAUCUCCAACAUGACCUCCGACUACUUUGCAGCGAGACUCUGGGCCAAGAUCACAGACAACACCACGCAUGAUGACAAGUACUACGAACCAGAGUUCUACACCAGCGAAUCCCACGGCACCGCACACUUCUCAUUGGUUGCUGAGGACGGCAGUGCUGUGUCGGUGACCAGCACCAUCAACCUGUAUUUUGGAUCCAAGGUGAGGUCUAACACCAGUGGCAUCAUCUUCAACAAUCAAAUGGACGACUUCUCCUCCCCGGGCGGUGACAAUUAUUUUGGUGUUCCACCUUCGGCUGCAAACUUCAUCGAACCAGGCAAGACGCCUCUGUCCUCCAUGUGUCCUGCUAUAAUACUCAAAGACAACUCGGUGAUGAUGGUGGUGGGGGCAUCUGGAGGAACGAAGAUCACUUCGGCAACUGCUCUGGUAAUAAUGAACGCGCUGUGGUUUGGUUACAACCUGGAGCAAGCUGUGAAUGCGCCCAGAUUUCACAAUCAACUCGACCCCAAUAUCACUGAUGUUGAGGAGGCACUCGAGCAGGAGGUACGAAUGGGCCUGGAGGAGAGACACCAGACACUGAAUGUCAUAACCAAGCUGACAGCAGCAGGCGUGGUCCAGGCCAUCGUGCGGAACGGAGGACGGUGGGAUGCUGUGUCAGACCACCGGAAAGGAGGGGAACCAGCAGGUUACUGAGGACCCUGAUCGGUUGGUCUGUACAGCUCUGUGCCUAGAUUGAGGAGUUCGACUGGCAGGAGCCAAACUGAUCAACCCAAUCCGUAAUCAGAUCCGAAAAUCCAAUGUCCUGUUGAAGUAUGGCCAGUGUUAUGUUACUUCUGUUUAAACAGGUUAACAGUAAAGAGUCAUAUUCUGGAAGAGUUAGAGAACUUUUAUUUACAGUAAUAAACAAACUUGUCUUAACCGUGCUGGAACAUUCUAGCAAUCCCGCGCAUGCUCAGUGCUCUGUGCAAUCAUGUAUUGGCACAUCAUUGCACGCAACAUCACCACAGCCAGUUACAGGCAACUUUACCUGUCUGCACCUUUGUCAGAUACUUUACCAGCCACAAGCAAAAGCUCUUAAGACACCUGGAGUUGGGGAGGGACUCAGGGAUGUAAAUUGUGUUUUCAGUUCAGACAAGUGGCUGGACACAGAGAUGCAAAUCCCUCUCUGAAACAGACUGUGUUUGGGCCAUUGUGCCACCCACUUCCAGUCUUCUGGAAUCCAGCCCAGCCCAACCCACUCCCAACCACACCCAACCACAAACCAUUCCCAACUUAUUCCAAACUUAUUCCCAGCCUCGCAUCAUUGUCAACCUCACCAACCUCACCCCAUCAUGCCCAGCCUGAAAGCAGUGCUAACAACCACAGUGGGAAGUCUGACGUGAUUGUUACCACUCCACCUGUCUCUCAGACCAGUCCCAGCUGGGUCAGGAGAACACGUGCAAACCCAGCAGCCAUUUGCAGUUCCAUCUAUGCUUGUCAACGUUCUAGCGCAGAAAGAUUUCCAGCAGUGCUCUGUCUCCAGUCAAUAAUUUGUCUAAUAUUCAUAAGACCUAUGUAGUUUUGCUGGAAAUCCAAUCUAGCUUCAGUGCUUGCUGAUUAGUUUGGUAAAUUUGAGACCCUGUACCUAAGAGCUGGCCUGCAUUUGGUGAGUACACAGAGUCCAUUUGGCCGACCCUUCCUCUCCCCUCCACCUUCCCUGGACAGUUUCCAUGUCUUUUCUUCUAGACGUCCCUGAGCAGAUGGAUUGUCAGGAAUAAUGGGACCAAUUUGCCCUGUUCUGUUGACUGGAGGCUGAACGAUAACUGUUCCCACCCUCCAGCCCUGACCAAGGGUCUCUGCUUCUCUGAUGAUGAGCCCAUCUGGCUCUGAGUAACACUCCAUAUCCUUGAUGCACAGGAUUGUGUCGACUGUUUCACUGUGACUUUGUGAACACCCCAAUAAA